AUGGCGUGCGCCGGCGGAGGCACCUGCUACGGCGACGUUUACGAAAACUGGAGCGAGGUUCUCUCCGACAUCAACCCGUACGCGUUUGCCUUUGUCGGCACCGGCCUCGCCAUUGGCCUGUCCGUUCUCGGCGCCGCGUGGGGAAUCUUCAUCACGGGCUCGUCGCUGCUCGGCGCCGCCGUACGCGCUCCGCGCAUCACCUCAAAGAACCUGAUCAGGCGCAGCGCAUCGCACGCGCGUACGUCAUCUUCUGCGAGGCGGUGGCCAUCUAUGGCGUCAUCGUCUCCAUCAUCUUGCAGUCAAAGAUCGAGCACAACGAGCCCGCAGGCACCGUCGCAGAAGGGGGGGGGGGCGGGGGUUUGCUGCGGGAUCGGCAACCUCGCUUGCGGCGUGUGCGUUGGAAUCUGCGGCAGCGGAUGCGCGCUCGCCGAUGCCCAAAACGGCGCGCUGUUCGUCAAGAUCCUCGUCAUCGAGAUCUUCGCCUCGGCGCUGGGCAUCUUCGCCAUCAUCGUGGCAAUCAUCAUGUCCACCACAGCCAGCUUCAAGGUCGAGUAG